CUGGGGUGCACAGACCACAGUGAAGACAGCUUUUCCAGGGGCCAAGUUCACCCUUAUCUAGGCUUUCAAGUAUACCUAGCAGUGGUUAUGUGCUCCAUUAGGCCUCUAUUGGCUUCCUGGGCUGCUGUCAGGCAACGUAGGGCAGCUGCCUGAUUGGAAAGCUAUUUGUUAGGGUUUCAAAGAAGCUUCCCUGGCUGGGCAAAAGAAGAGAAGCAGAAAAUCUCUGCAGGUUUCACUGCUCAUGAACUCUCAUGAGCUUGACUUUGAUUGGAACUGGUGUGGACAGAGAAACAGAUGUUGACGGUAGCCCCAGGACUCUGAAGCCAUCUGACUGGUGAGAGACCUGGAUGUACAUGGAGGAUGACUGAAAAAUCCAAUGGUGUGAAGAACUCUCCAGCUAAUAAUCACAACCAUCAUCCCCCGCCUUCUAUCAAGGCCAAUGGCAAAGAUGACCACAGGACAGGUAGCAGACCACAGUCUGCGGCAGCUGAUGAUGACACUUCCUCAGAACUGCAAAGGCUCGCAGAUAUGGAUACCCCACAGAGAGGGAGGGGUGGCUUCCGAAGGAUUGUCCGCCUGGUUGGGAUCAUCAGAGACUGGGCCAACAAGAAUUUUCGUGAGGAAGAACCAAGGCCUGAUUCAUUCCUAGAGCGUUUCCGUGGGCCUGAGCUCCAGACCGUGACAACACAUCAGGGGGAUGACAAAGGCAAUAAGGACAGCGAGGGAAAGAGCACUAAGAAGAAAAUUGAACUGUUUGUUUUGGACCCAGCUGGAGACUGGUAUUACCACUGGUUGUUUGUCAUUGCCAUGCCUGUUCUUUACAACUGGUGCCUGCUGGUGGCCAGAGCCUGUUUCAGUGAUCUACAGAGGAACUAUUUUGUGGUAUGGCUGGUACUGGACUACUUCUCAGAUGCCGUCUACAUUGCAGACCUCUUCAUUCGACUGCGCACAGGCUUCCUAGAACAGGGGCUCCUGGUCAAAGACCCCAAGAAAUUGCGAGACAACUAUAUCCACACUUUGCAGUUCAAACUGGAUGUAGCUUCUAUCAUCCCCACUGACCUCAUCUAUUUUGCUGUGGGUAUCCAUAGCCCUGAGGUGCGCUUCAACCGUCUGUUACACUUUGCCCGUAUGUUUGAGUUCUUUGACCGCACUGAGACACGCACCAGCUACCCCAACAUCUUCCGAAUCAGCAACCUGGUCCUCUACAUCUUGGUCAUCAUUCAUUGGAAUGCUUGCAUUUACUAUGCCAUCUCCAAAUCCAUCGGCUUUGGGGUUGACACCUGGGUUUACCCCAACAUUACUGACCCUGAGUAUGGCUACCUGGCUAGGGAGUACAUUUACUGCCUUUACUGGUCCACACUGACCCUCACCACCAUUGGAGAGACACCACCCCCUGUAAAGGAUGAGGAGUACCUAUUUGUUAUCUUUGACUUCCUGAUUGGUGUCCUCAUCUUUGCCACUAUUGUGGGAAAUGUGGGCUCCAUGAUCUCCAACAUGAAUGCCACACGGGCAGAGUUCCAGGCCAAGAUUGAUGCUGUCAAACACUACAUGCAGUUCCGAAAGGUCAGUAAAGAGAUGGAAGCUAAGGUCAUCAAAUGGUUUGACUACUUGUGGACCAAUAAGAAGACAGUAGAUGAACGAGAAGUCCUCAAGAACCUGCCAGCAAAGCUGAGGGCUGAGAUAGCCAUUAAUGUCCACUUGUCCACUCUGAAGAAAGUACGCAUAUUCCAGGAUUGUGAGGCUGGUCUGCUGGUGGAACUGGUACUGAAGCUUCGUCCUCAAGUCUUUAGUCCUGGAGAUUAUAUUUGCCGUAAAGGGGACAUUGGCAAGGAAAUGUACAUAAUCAAGGAAGGCAAGUUGGCAGUGGUAGCUGAUGAUGGUGUGACUCAGUAUGCUUUGCUCUCAGCUGGGAGCUGCUUUGGAGAGAUUAGCAUCCUUAACAUUAAGGGUAGCAAAAUGGGCAAUCGGCGUACUGCCAAUAUCCGUAGCCUGGGCUAUUCAGAUCUCUUUUGCUUGUCCAAAGAUGAUCUUAUGGAAGCUGUGACUGAGUAUCCUGAUGCCAAGAAGGUCUUGGAGGAACGGGGUCGGGAGAUCCUGAUGAAGGAAGGUCUUCUGGAUGAGAAUGAAGUGGCAGCCAGCAUGGAGGUAGAUGUUCAGGAGAAGCUGGAGCAGCUGGAGACAAACAUGGAGACUUUGUACACUCGCUUUGCCCGCUUGCUGGCUGAGUACACUGGGGCCCAGCAGAAGCUCAAGCAGCGCAUCACAGUGCUGGAGACCAAGAUGAAACAGCACCAUGAGGAUGAUUACCUAUCAGAUGGAGUAAACACCCCUGAACCAGCUGCAGUGGAGUAGCCAUAAGUGCCUAUUCAGAUAUGCUUUGACCCCAGCAUUUAGAAGUGCUGUAUAGAACUCCACAUUACACUAUAAUCCUCAUGCCUCUCUGUACUCUCUCCAAAGACUUGUUGAGGCUUAAGGUUUUGGUCACAUCUUGGAAUACCAUUCCAAGUCCAGCUAACAGCCAAGCAUAUGGACAGUGCAGAUCAUGUGGAUUGAAUUCCCAAGAGCUUGACUGCCUAAGUCUGAAAAGGAAUCAGGGAACAGUUAAAUUGUAUUUCAUUGUUUCCCUCCCUGGGACCAGAAAUCUAGACAGUGUUCUCUGAAGAACAGUGUGCACCACAAUGCCUGACUCUUCCUUUUGCCUUCUUUAUAUCUAGUCACACCCUACUGCAUUCUGCCCCUAAUACCUUUGUAAUGUGCUCUGAACAGACCAUUUCUAUGCACAUGUAUGCAUUGAAGAGUUGUUCACCUUUGCCUGUCUCCCAAGGCAUGCAAGAACUGCAUACCUUGGGAGCAAGAGGUAGGUUUGAGUGUGCUUGCUCCUGGCAGCUUUGGCCACUACCCUUUUAUGCACACAUGUUUUGAAGAGUUUGUGAAGGUUACUGAUGGGUGAGAUAUUGUGAAUUAGAGGCACUUAAAAGUUAAUAAAUUCCUUUCAGAU